AGAGAGAGGCCGUCGUCUGCUGCUGUAAUUUGGCAAUACAGUCUAAACUCGUCUUUUUUGUGACAUAUUUAAGAUUAUUUUUCUUUGCCGAGUGGAUGGUUUUGAAUUGGCGCAUAUAAUAUACGAGUCGUCGUUAAGGUGAGUUUAAAAAAAAGAAGUCAUAAUGUCGAGAAAGUGGCUGCAAACACGUCUGUAACCUGUUUAUUUUUCUGUCAAACAAAGUAUAGCAAAGCAAAGUGCUGCUAGCGGUUUUCAGGGUUAAUCAUGAGCAGGGCUUAGAGGAGGAACGCCGAGGUGUUUAGCUCUCUAACGGCUCUGGGGAUGAUUUAGCGCUUGUUGUGAAGGCAUUAUUAGCAUUAUUAUUGAAAGCCGAACGAACAAAAACAACAACAACAACACUGUAGCAGCGUUUCAUCGCGUCCGGUUGUUGUAGCUGCAUUCACGCUCCGGGUUUGUUUCAUUGUAGCUGCUGUAGCAUCCUCCUCCUCCUCUUCCUCCUCCUCCUCCUACUCCUCAUCCCUCAGCGUUUCACUCCAGAUAUCCGGGAAGGUUUCAUGCAGUUGUUGGACACCUCCAUUCCCCACUGAGCAAACAUCUGCCUGAGGUAACUCGUCAACCCCCUCCCUCUUCCCUGUUCCAGCUCCGACGCGCCACUCCUGCCCCUAAACACAUUCCCCCCAGGACCUAGAGGCCACUUUGGGCUGGUGGCCUUCGUUCCCAAAGCCUUUCUUGGGAAAGUGGGUUUAUCUCAUCCCGUGUUUUUUUUUUUUUUUUUUUUUUUUUUUCCCUUCCUCAAACCUCGUCCUGCAUUUCACACCUAAACCAAAACACCCCUGAGGAUGUCGUCCAUCUUGCCGUUCACGCCGCCGGUGGUGAAGCGCCUACUGGGCUGGAAGAAGUCCGCGAGCGGCUCGGGCGGAGCAGGCGGAGGAGAGCAGAACGGUCAGGAGGAGAAGUGGUGCGAGAAGGCCGUUAAAAGCCUGGUAAAGAAGCUGAAGAAGACGGGCCAACUGGACGAGCUGGAGAAAGCCAUCACCACGCAGAACUGCAACACCAAAUGUGUGACCAUCCCCAGCAAUUGCUCUGAAAUUUGGGGACUGAGUGCUCCAAAUACGAUAGAACAGUGGGAUACCUCAGGCCUAUACAGCUACCCUGACCAAACCAGAUCUCUGGACGGACGCCUGCAGGUGUCUCACCGUAAGGGGCUGCCUCACGUCAUCUACUGCCGCCUGUGGCGAUGGCCCGACCUGCACAGCCACCACGAGCUGCGCGCCAUCGACACGUGCGAGUUCGCCUUCAACCUCAAGAAGGACGAGGUGUGCGUCAACCCCUACCACUACCAGCGGGUGGAGACACCAGUCUUACCACCUGUCCUUGUGCCAAGACAUACAGAGAUUCUGACUGAACUGCCUCCUCUGGAUGACUACACCCAUUCCAUACCCGAAAACACCAACUUUCCUGGAGGGAUUGAACCCCCUAACAACUAUAUACCAGAAACUCCUCCACCAGGCUACAUCAGUGAGGAUGGAGAGACCAGUGACCAGCAUAUGAAUCAAAGUAUGGACACAGGUUCUCCUGCAGAACUGUCGCCGAGCACACUUUCGCCCGUCAACCAUGGCAUGGACCUCCAACCAGUGACCUACUCUGAGCCUGCGUUCUGGUGCUCCAUAGCCUAUUAUGAGCUGAAUCAGCGGGUCGGGGAAACCUUCCACGCCUCGCAGCCUUCCCUCACUGUGGAUGGGUUUACAGAUCCUUCCAACUCGGAGCGUUUCUGUUUGGGUCUCCUGUCUAAUGUCAACCGCAAUGCAACCGUGGAGAUGACUCGCAGACACAUAGGACGGGGAGUUAGGCUGUAUUAUAUUGGAGGAGAAGUGUUCGCUGAGUGUCUGAGUGACAGCGCCAUCUUUGUUCAAAGCCCCAACUGUAACCAGCGGUACGGCUGGCACCCUGCAACCGUCUGCAAAAUCCCCCCAGGCUGUAAUCUAAAGAUCUUCAACAACCAGGAGUUUGCAGCUCUCUUGGCUCAGUCGGUCAAUCAGGGCUUCGAGGCGGUCUAUCAGCUCACCAGAAUGUGCACUAUCCGCAUGAGCUUUGUUAAAGGAUGGGGAGCUGAGUACAGACGGCAGACCGUGACGAGCACUCCAUGCUGGAUUGAGCUGCACUUGAACGGACCGUUGCAGUGGUUGGAUAAGGUUCUGACCCAGAUGGGCUCUCCCACCGCCCGCUGCUCCAGUAUGUCCUAAUCGCCAUGACGAUGAUGCCCAUGCCCCUUCCCUGAAAUCUGCAAAGUCCACAAUCACAAGAAACGACAAGUAGAACAACAGACGUGCUAUAAUCCCCAACUCUCUCUCAUAGUACUUCUCUCGCUUUCUUGCUUUCUCUCUCUCUCUCUCGCUCUCACUCUCUCUUUCCUGAUGUUCUCACUUUUCGGAACUGAACAUGGCACUUGCUGUCACAUCAGCUUCAUGCACCUUUAAUUCGCUCUUUUUCCCUCCUUCUCAAUCCUCAAUAUUAAAUGUAUUAGUGUUAGAAUAUAAAAUGUAUAUUUUUUUUCCUUUUUCUUAUAAAGACUGGGAAGGUGUGUGUGUGUGUGUGUGUGUGUAUGUGUGUGUGAGAGUAAUAGGGAAGUACCAGAAGGCAGGUAAUAACUUGGCACAGAUAUUUCAGUAAAGCAUUCCUUCCCUUUGAAAACGAUCACGUAAACUUAAUGUUUCUGAUUUUGUUCUUUGCUUAACCAAGAGCUUAUCUUUUGUUGGCAAACAGUCAUAUUAUUUAAGCUUGAUCUCUUAGCUAAGACAAUUUAACAAAAACUGAAAAAAAAGUAUUACUGCUUUUUAGCCCUUCCCACCCACCAAAACCUUUCAUUCUUCAACAAUAACACCAAGAGACACCCUGUUCACUUCCUGUUCCUGAUAGCUGCACCCAACCACUAUGAAAGAAUGUUGCCUUAUAUGUUCAGGGUGCUGUUUGACGGCAUGCUUCUUCUCAAAGUUAAUGUGAACAGAUAGGAAUGUUUUAGCAGGAAAACAUUAACGGAAAAAAAUAAAAAAAAAACUACCCGGACCAAUAUUUUCUUCACCUGUGUCUCUGAAAUUGCCCCUUGUUAGGUGAAAUGCUCUCUCCAGAGCGCUUCGAGUCAGGUCGAGGAAAAUCUUUAUGAAGAAAAAUGACAAAAAAGUAAUAAAAAUGAGUACACAAUCCAUAUCUUAGAAGAAAAAUACCAAUAAAAAGAAUUCCAACCUUUUAAGCUUUAAGUGUUAAUAAAGUAGGUUAUUCUUCACAAUCACAAGAUUUUUUUUUUUCCUUUAUCUUUCUUUUAGCUACUUUUUGUAUUUUCAUGUAUUUUUAUAUAUAAAUAUAUUUAAAAUCUUUAAUGCUUUCUUCCUUUUUAUUAGAAUUGAGUAUUUUUUUAGGUCAUGCCCUCUUUUUAACGGAACAUGGCUUCAUAAUGAAAACGUCCUGUCACAAAAAAGUUGUAAGUCGAAAUCUUUCACAUUGAGCGUCUUUAUAUUUUUCACCUCUUGUGUUUCUGAUAAAAGCUGUUGCACCAAACAUUCAGCUCCUCCUCAUCUACUGGCAUGUUUAAGUUGGUUCGUUCAGAAAAAAAUUCUUUAAAGUGUGUGUGUGUAUAUAUAAAUAUAUAAUUUUUUUUUUUUUUUUUUUUUUUUUUUAAACUUUCCUGCCCUGGAUGAUUUUCCAUGACCUAUGUAAGGUUCUUUAAACAGGGGGAAAACAUCUACCUAUUGUCAAAUGUUGCAGAAACAUGGCAGUGUUCUAUUCGCCCACAUUUGUGGAAAAGAAGGAAAAAAAAAAAAGACUCCUCAGCGUCUUAAGAGAUGACUUGUGCAACUUUUAGUGUGUGUUCUUGUUGUACAACUUAACUAAUGACUGUGAUCUAGCUGUCUGCCUUCCUUUACUUGUUGUGACGGUGGCAAGAUGUUUGAAAACUUCAUUCCCCUCCUGCCACCUCUGCCUCUCUCUUUAGUUUUGUUUAUCUUAUUACACUUGCGAUUGUAUUUUUAAUUGCAGCGAGUGUGGAGAAGACAAAGAGGUUGUGGCCUGUUUGAAACCGUUCAGACACUGGGAACAUUCUGCUUGUCAGUUUGGACUGGGUGUGGAUAGAAAAACCAAAUAGAACUGUUAAGUGGCCCAGAAAUAUAUGCAUAUGCAUUAUAUAUGUAUAUAUAAUUUUAUUUUACUUUUUUGUUUCUUAUUUUUCUUUUUCUUUUGGCAAAGCAUUUAACAGUUGGUGAGCUUAUUUUACCAUUAGAGAGAUGUAUUGGUAGGACGUGAACGUUAUCAGGAGAUAAGCUUUUCAAGCGUGUUGCAUAUGCAGACUUCAUAAAUACACUAAUAAAAAGUUUUAAUUCUCAUGA